UAAGCCUAAAACCUAAAUCCCAAAAUCCUAAUCGGUAUAUCAAAUAAUUCAUCGCCAAUGCGACUCACCUAAGCUGAAGUCAGCAACUCAGCCCUCGCCACUCACCAGUCAGUCGCCCGGAGUCCGCCGGACUCACCCAUCGCCACCGCACGCCGGCGGCAGAUCAUACCUUUGAACAGGCAGGCAAGGGCGUAAGGCAGCAGUGCUGUACGCUGUUCUCUUACGAUUCUGUUGUCAAUUUCACAGCCUAAAAUAAUGGCCUAUGCACAAAUCGGCAGAAAUGCCGUCCGCCGCCAACUGAAGACUGCGUCUGAUGGAGUGCUCCACCACCCACUCUUCUACGCCGUUCAAGGCGUCCGCUACAGAAAAGUGGAAGUCAUUCUCACCAGUAGCAUUGGCAAGCUUGGAAAGGUCGGCGAUACUGUGAAGGUUGCACCGGGUUUCUUUCGGAACCAUCUGAUGCCAAAGUUGCUUGCUGUCCCUAACAUUGAUAAGUAUCGGCAUCUCCUCGAAGAUCAGCGCAAGAUUUACCAACCAAAAGAAGAUGAAGAGGUUAAAGUGGUUCCACAGACCAAGGAAGAUAGGAUGAAAGAAUACCAGGCAGCAGCCAAUCGCCUUGAUAGAACUAAAGUGGUUGUCAGAAAAUUCAUCAAGGUUGACAAUGAGAUACGAGAACCUGUAACAAAAGAAGAAAUUGUAGAUGAGGUUGCAAGACAGCUUUCUGUGAGCAUUGAACCUGAGAAUUUGCACUUACCUUCUCCUCUAUCCUCUCUGGGUGAAUUUGAAGUGCCACUUCGCCUACCAAGGUCCAUCCCUUUGCCCGAUGGAAAGGUGCAAUGGGCUCUCAAAAUAAAAAUUCGGAGAAAAUAAAUAGGAGCAGUAACUCAAAAACACUUUUGCUACGAGAGGAGAGCUUGUUUUUUAGCCGGGAAUGCAAAAAUAGUUGUAGACGAAGGGCUAAACGAUCAUUCCUAAAGAGUCUCCUGAAUCUUAAUAAUGAUAAUUUGAUGUAAUGGUGCAAGUACUGCUGGCAUAAUAUUUUGUAAUCUUGGCUAGGAAAGGAUUUGAUUAUGAUCUCCUAUUCUUAUUCUGCAUUCAUUUUCAGUGGCAA